AUGACAAUCAAGGGCCGGAAUCCGAAGCUACCAUCGACGAGUUUGCCGUCCUUGCGGGAACUGGCUGCGUUGAAUGCUGCUCAAAUUGGAGGCGCACUCCGUGACUUGCACAGUUUGUUUUUCCCGUUGCCAACGCUGCUCGACUUUCAGACAGGCAACAGGGGGAACUCAACGGCCACCGAUUCCGGUUAUGCUUCCGAAGCAGACGCAGAUGAGGAAGAUGAAUUCGAGUUUGAGCCUUUAAGGUGCGAUGAUUUCGAGCGCAACUUUGCUGUGCGUUGGUUGACUGGGUUCAUUGGACGUGCUUAUGAGCUCUCGGUGGAUGAGAGCGUCUCAGAACGAUUCGUUGACGAGGCAUGCUCGAUACUUGCGUACUUGAAUCGUAAAGAAAAAGAAGAGGAGCCCGUUGAGGAUGAAGACUUCGGUAUGACCAGGGACUUUUCCUUCUCCUUUAGGGACGACCAAAGCGUCAAAAUCAACGUCGAGCUGUAUGACACGCCGAUGCAAACUGGAGAUGACCAUACGGACGUCGGGUUGCAGACUUGGGGUGCGUCAAUCGCACUCUCAGAAAAGAUAUCCAGGGCCCCAGAGGGUUUCAGGUUGACAACCGAGCGCCUGUCUUCAUCAAGUCGAAUUAUUGAACUUGGAGCAGGAACGGGACUUGUCAGUUUGUUUCUGUCAAGACUCAUGCCACACAUCACCAAAGCUCGGCCAACUCUCAUCGCAACGGAUUAUCACCCCAGCGUCUUGUCAAACCUAGAGGCCAAUAUCAUCUCGCACAUGGCCAAGACACCAGAAGCAGCACCGAUUAAAACAUGCCAUCUUGAUUGGUCCGCGCCAUCACGAGAAGCGCCUCUCGACCUGCCAGCGGACAUGCUCAUAGCAGCUGAUGUGACGUACGCCCCCGAACACGCUGCGUGGUUGCGAGAUUGUGCCGGCUCCCUUCUUGCCGAUGAUGGAGUGUUCUGGUUGAUGGUAUCGGUCAGACCAAACGGAAAGUUCGCAGGCAUCAGUGACACGGUUGAGACGGUGUUCCAAGACAAGGAGAAGUGCAGGCGGAAGGACGGCAAAGUGCUCAGCAUAUUGUCAGUGCAGCGGAUCGAGAAGAAGGGCGCAGUUGGACGAGCGGAUGAAGUCGGGUACAAACUCUUUGAAAUAGGUUGGUCCUGA